UUAGUUCGAAUUAUUUCCGUUGGGUUUACUUUUUAAAAAAACAAACCUGAAAAAUUGUAGGCUGUGACUAUCGGAUACUAAAGUAAAAUUUCUUUGGAAUGUCGGGAAAAAAGAAGAGUUACAACUAUAUUUUUUAGCUUUUUCAUUACAAAAUAAGCAAUAUAUAAGUAUUAAAAUUGCUGGUACAUUAUCGAUCAACUCACACUUUAUUGCACAUAAUAAUUUAUACUUGUGAAAAAUAAGAACACCAAACAAGAUUAGGCAAAAUUUCGAAUCAUAUUUAGUUUGGGUGCACAAAGUACACCUUAGAUGUUUUCAUAAAUAAGAGAAAGAAGGAAAAAAAAGAAAGAAAUAAAGCUGGAUUUUUUCAUGAUUAGGGAGAAGAAAAGACCAAAAAAAAAAAAAAGCAAACUACUUCCAUGAAUAAGGGAAAGGAUAAAAUGAUUAAAAGAAAAAAGGCUAAAUAUUUUCGCGAGCUAUAGAGAAGAAAAGAAUGACAAGAAGUUAAAAAAAAUUUCACGAGCAAUGGAAAGAAGAAAAGAAUAAGAAGAAGCUAAUUUUUUUCACGAACAAGAAAGCGAAGUAAAGAAUAACAGAGCUGAAUGUUUUCACGAAACACAAGGGAAAGAAGAAAAGAAUAAAACAAAGCAGCGAAGAUAAGAAAAGAAUAAAACAAAGCAGGGAAGAGAAGAAAAGAACAAAAAAUAAAUUAAGCACUUGGCAUGCAUGUGUGCUAAUUAACAUUCAAUACUCUGCUUCCCUGUAGGAGCUGUGCAGAGAAAAAUAACAUAUAGCUACACAUAAGAACUUGCACGUACGUGGCAAUGGCGGAGGGGCUCGUAUUCGAAUUGGUGAAGGAAGUGCUCGACAAGCUGGGCUCUGCUCUCUGGAACGAAAUCGGGCUGCUGCGGAGCUUCAAGGACGAUGUAAAGGAUCUCGAAAGAAAACUUUUGAAGAUCCAAGCGGUGCUUCUCGACGCUGAGGAGCGAAGCAACGCUGAGAAGGAGAACCACACUCUGCGCAUCUGGCUGAGCGAACUGAAGGGUGCCGCUUACGACAUCGACGACCUGCUGGACGAGAUCCGGACGCAAGCGGUUCUCUGGAAACAACAGCGCCAGGUGCGGAAUCAAAACCAGCUAGCUAGAAAGGUAUGUGAUCAAUUCCUGUCCUGCGCUAAUCCAAUACAUUUGAAGUCUAAGUUCAAGAUGGCGCAUAGAAUGAAAGCGCUCAGAGAAAAGAUCGAUAACAUCGCGAAACAGAGGGAUGCUUUUGGUCUCGUCGAAGCUGGCCCUCGUCGGCAGGCUGAGUUCAAGCGCCCUGAGACAUUCUCGCUCGUCGACGAAAAGACAAUAGUAGGGAGAGAUGGUGAUAAAGAGGAAAUUGUGAAGCUUCUCCUAGAGACUAACAGCGAUCACGACGUGUCGGUCAUUCCGAUCGUGGGAUUGGGGGGUCUGGGGAAGACGACGAUCGCUCAGCUGGCCUUCAAUGACGGGCGGGUUAAGGGCGAGCUGGUUACGGGCCAGCAGCGCUUUGAUCUACGGGUGUGGGUCUGCGUGUCUACCGAUUUCGACAUGAAGACGAUUGCAAAGCCGGUGAUAUCUGCAGCUGGAGAGAAUUGUGCUCUUGAUAACUCGGAUGCCGUCGCCAGUUGCCUUGUCAGGAUCUUUAGCCAGAAGAGAUUUUUGCUGGUGCUGGAUGAUGUAUGGAACGAAGAUCAGGAAAAGUGGGAGAAAUUGAAGGUCUUAUUUAAGGAUGGCAAGAAGGGAAGUAAAAUCUUAGUAACCACGCGAAGUGAGAAGGUCUCCGAGAUAAUGAAAACAACCGAACAACCACACCGCCUGAAAGGCUUAUCAGAUGCUGAUUGUUGGACAUUGUUCAAAAGACGGGCAUUCAAGGAAGGGGAAGAGAACGACUAUCCGAGCUUGGUUGAAAUCGGAAAGCAGAUAGUUAAGAAGUGCGGCGGUGUGCCUUUAGCAGCAAAUGCUUUAGGAAGUAUGAUGCGCUUUAAGAGCAGGACGGAGGAUGCAUGGUCCGCUAUGAGAGAUAGCGAAACAUGGAGGUUGGAAGAACAAGGAACUAUUUUACCAUCAUUGAAAUUGAGCUACAUUCAGAUGCCGUCGGCUUUGAAGCAGUGCUUUGCUUACUGCUCCAUAUUCCCCAAAGACUACACAAUUAAGAAAGAUGACUUGAUCCGGCAAUGGAUUGCUUUAGGCUUCAUUUCAUCGCAUGAAACAUGGACUUCGAUGGAAGUUAUUGGGAAUGAGUACUUUAAGGAUCUAUUAUGGAUGUCUUUCCUUCAAGACAUGCGGGAAACUAGAGGAGAGGUUACCUGCCGUAUGCAUGAUUUAGUGCACGACCUCGCACAAUCUGUGGCAAAAGAAGAAGUUGCAGUUAUAGGUGCAGAAGAGUCAGCAAGGAUCCCAGAAGAUUGCCGCUAUGCAUCAAUUCACAGUCGUUUCAUGCCACAGGUUUCAAUUACCGUAAUGCGAAGGUUGCGAACUCUUCAAUUUAGGGAAUCUGGUUCACCUAUUAUGAAUUUUUAUAGCGAGGCAAAAUGCUUACGCCUGCUAGAUUUACAUGGUUCCAAAAUUCCUAUGCUGCCAAGCUCAAUCGGUAAGUUGAAACUCUUAAGAUACCUCAACCUUUCAUCGACCAAUAUACAAGAACUGCCUGAACCAAUUACCAGCCUCUGCAACUUGCAAACCUUGAAUCUUUCAUGGUGCCGCGAGAUCCGUAUAUUACCCAAAUCUCUAGGAAGGCUUACGAAUUUGCGGAUUUUAGAUUUAAGCGAGUGCAGGUCUCUGACAAUACUUGACUCCAUUAGCAACCUUCAGAAUUUGCACGCACUAAAUUUGAGUUCGUGCAAAAAGGCGAUAUCACUUGAACCUAUAUGUCACCUCAAAAACCUGCAUUACCUAGACCUAUCACAUCUAGAUUCUUUUGCAGCAUUACCUGAAUCCAUUGGGAGCCUUCAAAACUUGCGUAUUCUGGACCUUUCUAACUGCUCUUCUCUAGAAUCAUUACCCUCAUCGUUAUGUGAUCUCAAAAACCUGCAUGACUUAAACCUAUACUGUCUAAAUUCUUUGGUGACAUUACCUGAAUCCAUUGGAAGCCUUCAAAACUUGCGUAUUCUGAACCUUUCUGGGUGCUAUUCCCUACUACCAUUACCCUCAUCGUCAAGUGAUCUUCUGCAUUUAGAGAAACUCGACAUCAGUGGUUGUGAAAAAUUAUGUGAGCUGCCUAAAAUGAUCCAAAAGCUGACCAAACUUAGAGUCUUGCUAAACAACAAUUGCUCGGAAUUGAAGGGCAUGCCUCGAGGGAUCGGCAAGUUAGUUAGCUUGCAGAAAUUACCGGUUUUUGUGGUUGGCAAGCAAGACCGCGUCGAACACUGUGCUAGCAUUUCUGAGCUAGAGCACUUGAAGCUUGUCGACGAGCUGUGGAUCAAGGGUCUCGAAAAUGUAACGAGUCCGGUUGAUGCCAAGGCUGCAAAUUUGAUAGAGAAGAACCUGCGGUCUUUGAAGUUGGUAUGGAACGUUUUAAGUGCGGAAGAAGGCACGGAUAGUACUGUACAACCGGCGGAAGAGAUGGAAACCGUGCUAGAAAAUCUUCAACCACAUCAAAAGCUAGAGAAAUUGGAAAUACAAGGCUAUGGAGGCGGGAAGUUUCCUAGCUGGAUGAUGAAUAGGAUUGGCUCGUGCCUCCCAAAUCUCGUUGAAAUCAAACUUGAUAAUAUUCCUGUAUGCAGCUCACUCCCGCCGCUGGGGCAACUCCCUUUUCUUGAACGACUAUAUAUGGAAAAUAUGCCCGCAGUAACAAAUUUGGGCGGGGGCGGCGUAGGUAAGUUCCCUGCCCUGACGAGCCUUGACUUGUGCUCCAUGCCAAUGCUGCGAGAAUGGGUGACGGUAAUGACGGUGGAUGACGAAGAAGGCAGGCGAGAGCGAGUUCCCCUUUUUCCGUGUCUCGCUAACUUGAUUCUAUAUGAAUGUCCUCAGUUCAGCCCAGAGCCUUGCCUCCCGGCGUCGGUUGCGUAUCUGGCCAUUCACAGAACAAGCAAGGAGAAUCUNCGGUGUUUAGCGUGCCCUCAAACAUCUCGUGGAAAAUGUUCAUGA